GCAGCAUCACGCGCUUCCAGUAGGAAUGCACGCGAGAGACGGAAUAUAUAAAUGCAAUGAUGGCGACAGCAGCAGAGGAGAUCUCAGAAAACACUGAGACACCAGUGUCUUUCAAAAGCGCAAGGAAAAACCAGGAUAGACCCUGGAAACUGAGCUUUAUUUAUCUGCAGUGCUAUUUUUUAACAAUUGCUACAAUACUGGGCACUGGGAUCCUGGGACUGCCUGUAACUAUCGCUCGGGCAGGUCUGGUGCCUUUCUUGAUAUCCUUCCUUGUAGGCUUUCUAGUGCAGGCUCUGCUCAUUUACCUGUUUGUAGAUUUGCUUCAGCGAUGCCGUUUAGCCCAACUUGAGGCACUGAAGACUGCAGAAACUGAGAGGAUCUUAAUGGAAGAAUUCAGUUGUGCAGAUCCUCCGACACAAAAUGCAGAAGAGGAAGAAGAUGCAGAGGAAGUGGAAGAGGCAGAUACGGGUCUUCUGCAAAGUGACGUCAAAGCACGGAGGCAAGAUGAGGACCUUCAGCCAAAUCUACACGUGCUGGGAGUUUUCUUCCUGGGCAAACACACCAGCCAUGCAUUCAACUUUGUUCUGCUCUUUCAAUUUGUGUCUAUCGGGAUCAGUUAUGUCCUGGCGGGAAGUGAGGCCUACGCUGCACUUUUUCAUACCAGUCAUGUCUACGUGAUCCCUGCAUUUACAUGGACGCUCUCAUUGGGGAUUCUUCUGGCCCAGACCAUCAUUCAGCCCAUCACGUCACUGCUGACGCUACUCAAAGGAAUCCUGCUGGUUAUUACUGUGGCCGUGACAUUUGUUGUGGGUUCAGAGGUUCACCAAGAGACCACAAAUGACUUCACCCAAAUCGGGAAGCCUUUUCUAAUGGGAACAGUUGCUCUCGGUGGGAUUGUCAACGUCAUGCCUUUUUUAUUUUCAGAAAUCUCCCAUGUUAAAACACAGGUUUUAUGGUUCAGAAGAGCUGUACUUGGAGGACUUGCUACAUGCACACUCUUAAAUAUAUUAUGGUGUUGGGCAGUUUUAGAGAUUGUUCCCCAGAUGGCCGUGGAGUCACUGCUGGAGGAGAAACUCUUAAAUAGCAGCGCAGGACAAACAGAGACGACUCAUACAGCACACACAUUUAUCUACUCCAACAUCUCCCUAGAGGAGUCCGAAAAGGCAGGGGAGAUAGCAACAAUACCUCUAACCAAGAUCAUAACACAGAAGUACAGCCGCUUCUCAUGGGUGGCAGAGCUGAUCCAGAUCUUCACCACCAUCAGUAUAACCGUGAGCUUCCUCGUGAUGGGCACAGCCAUGAAGCACACCAUCGAUGGCCUCGUCGCCUCACACUGGACGGAGAACGCUGAAUGGAUGGCGAGAAUCCGCUCACAGUGGAGGACAUCAGGCCAGAGCUUCCAGCACUGCAGACGGUUCUUCAGCACUUUCAUGUCCUUUUUGGCUUUCGGCUUCAUUUUUGUCGUUUCAGCUUGUGAUCCGAAGCUGCAGUACAUCUCAUUAGAGGAAGGAUGUGCACAGAAUAAAUAUAACAUCAAGCAGCCACUAGUGAUUACAGAGGAAGUAGAAUGCAUUGAUUCCCCAGGUUCAGCCACUGCUGGAAGGUUUUGCAUUGAUAAAAAGCUUCAACAGGGAUUUGUUGUGAUGCUUGACAAAGUGGUCUCCUUCUCCUUGAACACGGAGGUGGGCUUGUUCAUCUUCCUCAUGCUGAGAGCCUCCAGAUCCCAGCGUUUCAAGCAUCUGACGGUGACUCUGCCGGCGAGCGAGAGACUCUUCAGGCUCCACUGGCUGCUACCCAUCUACUUCCUGUUCGCCGUAGCUUACGACGUCUUCCAGAGCAUCCUAGAGAUCACUGAGAACAUGGCGCUCGUCCUCCACACCAACUCUUCUCUUGGAUGAGAACGACUGGAUAUCAGGUGGGACAAUAUAUGCUGCUGAGGUCUCUCAGGAACGGACAGUUAUUACCUCACACAACACACACAACUCCAGAGGAUACACGCACUGAUCACAGAACCAGCCCAAACGUCGUUCACAGUACUGCAGCAGUAUACAGUAGGUCAUAAAUGUUCUCUGGGUAAAAAGGCCCUUAGUUCUCGCAAGCUAAGACUAUUUUUAUAUCCUCCCAGUUCAAUUUAAGUUAGGAUACAUAUUUUGAUUUCCUCAACAAUACUCAGUGAUUUAAUCUGCAGUCGUGUCAUCAAACCAUAGCAACGUUCCAAGAAGAGCUGCUACAAAAAGAACUUUAAGUAAAUCAUGGGCUGUUAUUGUAUCCAGUAUAUAAUUAGUGAUUUAACGAGCAGGCUGGAGUGCUUUGACGAGGAAGAAACCACAAGACAACAGAAUGAAAUACAGUGAUUUGAUUCAAGAGGUUUGAGUUCUUUAUGUAUGUCUAGAUCACAUCAUUCUGUUUUAAAACUGCACUGAUUGAUAUUAUGUAAUAAAUGAUUAAAAUAC